GCGAGGCAAAAAGAAAAGAAAAAAGGCGAAACGAAAGCAAAAAAGUGUACGCGUAUGGAACAGGGCCGAGUGGUAUAUUGCGAUAAUCGACUAUUAUUCUACUAUUUCGCUGGCCAGCAAAACCGGGACAGUGUAGCGAGUAUUUUCCGAACAAACUCCCACCGUUUGCGGAACGUGUACCCGUGUGUUGUGGCGAAGCGGACAGGUGUUGUUUAGCAGAAAACUCUGCUCCUUUUUUCGCUCUGGUCCUCGGUUAUCACGGUGAUAAUCGUCGUCUUCGUCCUCGUCGUAAAAGUUGCCCGUGUGGUUCGGUAACCCGUGUGGCAACAAGGUGGUGGUGAGGCUGGUUAUCCGCGGGGGUCACGGGUGCUCGUUGCCAACCUGUCCACCUGGAGCAGCUGUGCAAAGGUUGCUGAACGACCGUGAAUGCUCGUGAAGGACUAUCACGACGGCCACCUACCUCUAGGAAAUAUUGGCGACGAGCAUUUUGCCUUCGUUCCCUCCUGCCCCAGACCAAACACAACUCGUAUGCCUACUCGUUCACCGCGGAUCGAGUGCGUAAGCGCGCGAGUAAACAACAAUUAGAGUGAAAACGGCCCCCGGAGAAAGAAAGCCAAAGUCGAUCGGCCAGCAACAACACAACAAAAUACACUUUCGCUUCGCUGGCGACGGCCGGGAUUCGCAUCGGCAACGGCGGACAAUCCAAGGUGGCGGUGAAAAGCGAAAAGGAAAGCUCGGUUCCCUCGUUUUGCGUGUGUCGCUUGUCGAGCUCAGGCUGUUGCAGUAGUGUGUGGAUUUGAAUGAAGAAAAAGUGCAACAACCAAGUGUGCUAAUUGGCGGGGACGUCCGCCUAGUGAUAGAGGAAUGGCGUUGUAGACACCUAGUCCGUGAGUGAGGGAGUGGUGAUUCCUUCGCGUGCACCUGAAACCGGAGAAGGAGAUCCUCAAGGAGGACACAUUCUUGUUUACACAACUGUCACCAUCAUCCCAGCGGCGGAAUCUUUUCGGCGGUAAUACAAAGAACAAAACACGGAAGCUGCAUCUCCUGUGCGACCAACGACGCCGUCAUGGGGCUGCUGUUCGCCAAAAUAUGGAGCCUUUUCGGCAACGAAGAACACAAACUAGUCAUGGUGGGACUGGAUAACGCUGGCAAAACGACCAUCCUCUAUCAGUUCCUGAUGAAUGAAGUCGUCCACACGAGCCCAACGAUCGGAUCGAACGUGGAAGAGAUCGUGUGGAAAAACAUACACUUUCUGGUGUGGGAUCUGGGUGGACAGCAAAGUUUACGGGCGGCAUGGAGCACCUACUACACGAACACGGAGUUCAUCAUCAUGGUAAUAGACUCGACGGAUCGGGAGCGGUUAGCGGUGACACGUGAAGAGUUGUAUAAAAUGCUGCAGCAUGAAGACUUAACCAAGGCCAGCUUACUGGUUUACGCCAACAAGCAGGAUCUAAAAGACUCGAUGAGUGCAGCUGAAAUUUCCAAACAACUAGACCUCACCUCAAUCAAAAAGCACCAAUGGCACAUACAGUCCUGCUGUGCGCUAACGGGCGAAGGGCUCUAUCAAGGACUGGAAUGGAUAGCACAGCGAAUUAAGAAGAAAUGACACCGACCAGAGUAAAGCUGCUGCUGACGAUGCAUCUCGGGCAUCCGGUUUCCCUUUAGCGUCUCCUCUAGCAAGGCACUGGUUCUGGUACUGGAUUCCGUUCCGUUCCAGAACCUCGCGCCAUAUCGCCAUCGGGUGCGCUACGAAUUGUAAAUGUUAAUCAGGCAUAGCAGGAUCAAGGCGAGAGAACCGUUCAGAAUCGUUGCAAAAUGUAAGCACACUACACAUACAUACACACUACUCAAUCGUUACUCAACUCAUCUCGCAAUGAUCGCGCGAGGCUGAUAGCGACGUGUUGUCCUACUGAAAACGGUGAACCAAUAUGGAUCAGUCAAACCCAGAAGAGACAGAAGAGGAGGAGGAGCAUAAGGUGUUGUCCGUUUCAUCGAAAUCAAUUUCUUAGCUAUUAAGAGCAGUCAACCUUCUGUUUCCCAUCGUUUGCCUAGGCUUUUCCAAUGACGAGAGUCUCGGUAGGAUCGCUUGUGUGUCUGUGAAUGCGAAAUGCAUAUAACCGAUGUGGGCAGCACCGGAGAAAACAUGAUUGUGGUAAGCUAGCAUUACAGAACAACGAUUAAUGAUAACGGUUAUACUACUGCCACACUCAGUGGCCAGUAGAUUGAUGGAGCAGAGUCGAACUAGUGGGGGUCCGUAAGUCUUCUUGAGCAUUUUAAUGUAAAAACAAGUGUAUGUUUUACUGCACCUCCUCUCCAAGGAAGUAAAAAUCAGGCAUUACUGCUCUGCAUGUGGAAACCGCUCUAGUAUGGUAGUAUUUUCUUAGUUUUAACUCUUCAUUUACUAAUUACGUAGAUAAUGAGAAAGUGUGUGCGUGUGUGCGUGCGCGCGCGUGCACUCGAGAGAAUUGUAAAUUGUGUGUACAAGUGGGCACCGAGUGUAGAAUCGUGAGAAGGAAUAUAUAAGUAGCUUGUUGACUGUUGACUGACGCGUCAGGUGGAGAUGGUCUAGGGAGGACAUAACCAAUGUAAAGAUUUGUGCAGACGAGGGCUCGCAAACCAGCACCACCACCAACACUGUUGAGCGCAGAUAAGGUAGGUGAGGCGUUAAGAUGAAGGUAUACUUACAAUGUUAGUUAAAUAAAACUGUAACAAAAGCAAA